AUGUCUCUCGAUUUCUUUGGCACAUCCUUCCACAGCUUCCCCACUUUACUUUGGUUCUUUGGGAAUCCGUUCUUUAUUGUAAAUGUACUCAAGGGAAGUUGUUUGACGGACGGUUUUGAAAUUCAGGGCACCUCAACAUUCAAAUGCGAGCCCAAACACUCCCGGAAAGCCGACGAUAAAAAAGCCUUCAAGUCCAAGCACUCCAGGAAAGCCGGCGGCCUUCGCGUCCAAGCCCAUCGGGAAAGCAGACUCCACAUCAACAACUGUGAGGAUCCUCGCUUCAGUUCAAAGACACUCACCCUGUCGAUUGUCAGAGCACCCCAGAAAGCCACACCCAUUCCUGACAAAGAGAACAAAUCCUUUUUCGCUCUUAUAAUCGGCAUCAAUCAAUAUGCAGAUGCCUUAUUUCCCGUCCUUCAUGGAGCCGUUGCAGAUGCCAUCGCGAUGCGCGACUUCCUGAAGGACAUUUUAAAAGUUCCAGAAUCCAACAUCCGUCUGCUGACUGACAGCAAGGCCAAGCGCGCCGAUAUCAUGAAGGGGUUCUCGGAUUUACAAAACGACCAACGCAUUAAAAAAGGCGAUCCCAUUUUGAUUUUCUUCGCCGGGCACGGCGGCGAGACUCCAGCCCCUGACGGGUGGCAGACCGGGGAUGUUGAAAAAAAGAUACAAAUGAUCAUUCCGAAGGAUUUCUGUUCAAACAAGACGGCCGGGCUAGUCUACGGCAUUCCAGAUAUUUCCAUCGGCGCCUUAAUAGACGGCAUUGAAGGCGAAAAAGGGGAUAAUAUUACUGUAAUUUUCGAUUCUUGCAAUUCUGGGUCUGGGACGCGCAAGAGUAAAACCGACGAAGGAACGGUCCGUGGCGCGUCGCUAGCAAAUCCACCUCCACCCGAUAUUGAUCAUGAUUUAUUGGGUACCCAUUUUGGAGCCAGGGGCUCGAGGACUGUGCCGGGUUUUGCUCGCAAAGGCUUGAGUAGUCACGUUUUGUUGGCGGCGUGUAACCAGAAGGAAGAAGCUCAGGAACGUCUCGGACGCGGGCGUUUCAGUAAAGCCCUAAUGCAUGCCCUGGUGGAUGUAGGGGUUGAUAAGCUUACCUAUGCGUCGCUCCUCGACAGGAUGGAUAAGAUACCCGGCCAAAACCCACAAUGCGAAGGUGUCAAUCGAAACCGUAUUCUAUUCAAUUCCAAAGCACCCUCUUCUGGCCGCAUAUGCUUUCGAAUCUCCAUGGAGGGAUCCAAAUACACGCUUCAGGCUGGCUCAGUGCAUGGCGUAACAACGGGUGCUGAGUUUACGGUCUACAAAGAUAACCCCUCAAUUAUAGACUCGACUCCCCUCGGAGUGCUCGUAGUUCACUCUUCCGAAGACGUCCUCCCAUUUUCCACUCACCUAAGCCCCAAGGUAUAUGGUGCAGUUAUUCGACUACCCCCGGUAGCAUAUGCCGCGCAGAGCAAAGCCGGAGAAGCGGAGCGUCUUGUUGUCGUGGUGCCCUUUGACAAGAGGCUCAAAUCUCUAUAUGAAGCUUUCGCGAAAGACCUGCAGAACGCUGAUCCCAGGCGGCGGGAGAUUCGAUUUGCUAAGCAUGGGGAUCCUGAUGCAAGGGGGGCAAAGCUUGCUCUGUCGAUUACCCCGGAUGGCGAAAUUGCCUUCGACAUCCUCGACGCGCGACUCACGGAGUACAACAUCAGACAGAUGCAUUACACCGUCAGGAACGACCCCAAGGAUAUCAUGCCCGUUCUCAACUCCGCAGCUCAUUUCUAUUGGUAUCUGGACCGCGAAAAGAAGGACGGAUUGGUGAACACCCCCAUUAAGUUUGAGUUCUUUGAACUUUCCUCCUCUGAAGAUAAAAUCGAGCCAAAAACCGACGAGAACCUGUACAAAAACGCUGCUGUCGAACUCGUUUCUUCACCGAAAAUUGCAUAUGGGUUCAAAGUGACAAAUAACAGCAAGCGCGAUCUCUACCUCAACGCAUUUUAUUUCGAUAACAGCGAUUUCAGUAUCUCAUCCGUCUACCAAUCGACGACGAGUGGCCAAUUUGAAGCGUACCCUACUCUUCCCAAGAAUGGUGGCUUUAUCCCUGUUGGCUAUGGCGACAGUGGAAUAAGGCCGUUCGCCUACUCCAUCGAGCAAGACGACGUUGAAAUCGACGUCGGCUUCCUUAUGCUCUUCAUCACCUCAACGAACGUCGAUCUUUCGAUGAUCCCCCAGGAAACGCCCUUUGUUCAGGGAAGGAAAAUGACACAGGUCGACGUCACUGAUAAAAAGGAGCCUGAGCUGGUAUAUGGCACCAUUCUCAUCCCGAUCAUCAUACGCCGUGAGUAG